AUGUCGGAGGAAGAAACAGAAUUCGGGUACGAAUCUUCCAAUGCUGAUGAUGAAUCCACAAUGUCUGAAAUGACUGAAUCUCAAUUGAGAUCAGGCCAGGCAGAAAUAAGAGAGAUGAUGACAAGAUUGACUCAGACGCUUGGUGAUAUUGAUUUACAUAUCAAUACGAUUGUGGGUACAACAGAUGUAAGUACGGAGGAUGGACAUAAGUGUCUCGUAGAGAAGAUCGACCAAAAGUUGGAAGUACAAUCCGAACUUGGUUUCUGUCAAGCCUUUCUAGAUGAAAAUGGUGUUCAUGCAGAUCUUCUGAACUAUUACUGUGUCUAUUACGCUGGUAAUCAACUUGGACAUGAUACCAAUCCGGUGGUCAAUGCUUCUAGAGCAGCUGAGCUAGCCAGUAAAUCUUUUCUUAGAGAGAUAGCUAUUAGAGAUCGGGAGCUAUUUACGGUCGACCGGUCGAAGACCACAAAGCAGAUCAUGUCGGAUAUAGCAUCUGAUCUCGCCAAUGAAGUGGCUCAUACUCAAAGCGAUGUGGAGCGCAUCAACAGACUUUCCACUUCCCAGGCUAUACAAUCGUGGAUCGCCAGCUUUCCUCCCGAACAGACCCAAACAGCUGAGGAUUGGGAAGGUUAA